AUGGCACCUUAUCCUCAGGGUCCUCCUGCCGGUCGCAGGGUUUCUAAGAGAAGUGUUUCGGAAAUACAGAAACUGCGCGUUGGUACCUUCAUUGAACCUUCGACAGGCGAGCGAUUUCGGCGCACCUUUACUCUUCGGCUGCCACUGCGGAGGAGAAGCGUCCAGGCUGCUCUCAACGGAAAUGGCACCUCCGCGAACACGGCCAUACUACCCGUCUUCUCGGACCAGCAGUCCCUCUCAGAACGCUCCCAUGCCGUGGCGCAUAACCUGCGAGCCGGUGUGGUCCGAGGCUUUCAGUGGCUGAACUCCCCCACCGGCCGAGGAGUGCUCAAGUGUACUCUGGCCUACACGAUUGCCAGUCUAGCCACCUUCUUGGCUCCGAUUUCCGACUUCCUCGGCAAACCGGACGGCAAGCAUGUAGUCGCGACCAUCACGGUCUAUUUUCACCCGGCGAGGUCCGCUGGCUCCAUGAUAGAGGCUAUUCUCAUUGCUAUCGUUGCCGUGGCUUACGCGCAGGUGGUGUCCAUCCUGUCCAUGUGCACCUCGGUUCUCUUUGGCAAUGUCUGGGGCAAUCCUGCUCUGGCCCACACCCUGGUUCUGGUCGUCUUCAUUGGUGGCGGGUUUGGCUUCAUCGGCUGGCUUAAGCAGACCAUGAACAACCCGCUGGUCAAUGUGGGCUCUACCUUGGCCUCGCUUGCCAUCAUUGGUGUUGUCACCAAGGAGACGGCUGUGCUUACCAGCGUCUUUUCCAACCAAAAGAUUAUACAAAUCCUCAAGAUGCUCGCCAUGGGCAUCACCACCACUACCGUGGUCAAUCUGCUUGUGUGGCGCGUUUCCGCCGUGCACUUACUCCGACAGUCCAUGACCAAGACCUCCACUGCCCUGGGAGAUAUGCUUGCUAUGAUCACUCAUGGUUUCCUCAGUGGAGCCGAAGAUGAGCUUCUUUCCAAAGAGUUCAAUGCCGCAUCAGCUGCGUACCAGUCGGCUUACCCGCAACUGACCAAGAAUCUGCGUGAGGCAAAGUUCGAGCGGUACUUUUUAGGCCAGGAAAAGAUAUACCAGCUUGAUAGAGCGGUGGUCAAGUCCAUGGAGACCCUCGCUCAGUCAAUUGGUGGACUCAGAAGUGCAGCUAACACACAGUUUGCCCUACUGAAGGAGUCGUUCGAACAGGCCGAUCAGCCGCCUUUGUCACCCAGGAUGCAGCGGGCGGCAUCCACUAUUCUCAAAAGUGGCAAAGACCGGUCACUUGUCUUGCAAGCCAUUCGGGAGGCUUCUGACGAAGGUGAUGAUGAUGACGAUAGAGUCCCACCUGAAAGCGAUGCACGCCGCUCUGAUGUGUCGACUGUACCCUCAUUCCGCAACUCUGGAGAAAUUUUCGAGCUUUUUAUUGCGCUCUUGGGGCCUUCCAUGAAGUCACUGGCCUAUACACUCUCUGAAGUGCUUCGUGAUCCGCCUUUUGGAUCUGCCCCAAAGUACGAAAUCAUGAUUAAUGACCAGUUUCGCCAGAGUCUGACUGACGCUCUGGGUCUCUUCAACGAUGCGAGAGCUAAGGCCCUCCAUGAGUUGUACAAGCACCUCGAGAUGGAUCGGACGAGAUCGGAACAGAUACAAGCUGACUUUGAAGAAGUUGCGGCGGCGUGCGGCCACUUCAGUUUCAGCUUGCAAUCCUUUGCCGAGGAGAUGCAAAAGUAUCUGGACGUGCUGGAUGACCUGAAGCAUGAGAGCCAGUUCCAAAGGCGUAGCUGGCACUGGCUUGUCUGGUGGAGGAGCAAACAUCACCAUAGUCGGUUCUUUCCUUCCCUGCCAUACAACCAGGUGCCGGAGGAGCAAGAGGGCUUGAUCAGGCCGAUCAAGAAGACAGCCAUCCCCAAGGGUAUUCCCGAUUCCAUGGUCCAGCGAAGGGAUACGUAUAACUGGGAGGCAGCCAAAAGCCAGUCGAGUAGGGUCGUGGCGACGCUGUCUCAAAAACUGCUUCGGUUUAUGAGGAGGCUUGCCAGAGACGAUGUUCGCUUCGGUCUCAAGGUCGGUAUCGGUGCCAUUCUAUGGGCCAUGAAUGCCUUCAUUCCCCAAACGAGAGACGUCUACCAGCACUGGCGAGGCGAAUGGGGCUUCCUCUCGUUCAUGAUCGUCUGUUCCAUGACCGUGGGCGCAGCCAACACUACUGGUUGGGCUAGGUUCCUCGGGACUAUGAUUGGCGCAGGAGCAGCCUAUGUGAACUGGAACGUCACCCAAGGCAAUGCUUUGGGGCUGAUUGCCCUCGGCUGGCUGAUGGCCUUUUGGAGUUUCUGGAUGAUGAUAGCACGCGGCCAGGCUCCCCUAGGACGCAUCACCUUGCUCGCCUACAACGUCUCAACCCUCUACGCGUACUCUCUCUCCCAAAAGGUCGAUGACGACGAUGACGACGAAGGGGGUAUGCACCCCAUCAUCGGCGAAAUCGUCUGGCACCGGUUCAUCGCCGUUACCGCCGGCAUCCUCUGGGGCCUGAUCGUCUGCCGCCUGAUCUGGCCCAUCUCCGCCCGCAAGAAAUUCCAACAAGGUCUGAGCAUGCUCUACCUCCAAAUGGGUCUGAUUUGGAAGCGCGGUCCCCUCGCCAUCCUGCUCAGAAGCGACUGCAGCCGCUCCUACCUCAAAUCCGGCGAGAUGACCGCCCUCAAGAAAUACGCCGCCCGCCUCGACGCCCUCCGCGCCAGUGCCGCCUCCGAGUUCGAGCUGCGCGGCCCCUUCCCCGCCGCCCAGGCCGGCAGACUGAUGCAGUGCGCCAACCGCCUGCUCGACGCCUUCUACGCGAUGUCCCUCGUUACGCAACGCAGGGGCCAUCUGACCGAGGGCGAGCGAGCUUUGUUGCUGUACACGGCCGAAGAGAGGAAAGCCCUCUGCGACCGCAUCUGCCACGUCUUCCAGGUUUUGGCUUCCUCUCUCAUGCUAGAAUACCCUCUCACGGACGCCAUCCCCUCCGUGCUUGGCCAGCGGGACAAGCUCCUGGCGAAGAUCUUUCGGUUCAGAAAGGAACAUAUGCCUUGCCGUACUCUACACAGCAUCAGCGUCGACGGAGACCGAGACCGAGACCGAGACUCCGUAACGGCGACUGGACGAGCCAAUAGCUAUGUCGCUGCCGCGUCCAGUUUCGGACAGGGAGCGGAUGGAAGCUGGAAUAAUAGCCUGAGGGGAAGCAUUGAUAGCUUGGAGAACGGCAGCGGCGGCAACAUUAUUAACAUUGACAACAACAACAAUCCGUUGGCGCAUGUCACGGUGGAGGAACGCGACUAUGCCCUGCUUUAUGCUUAUGCGCUGGUGACGGGGCAAGUGGCGGAGGAGCUGAGCGAGGUGGCGAGGGAGAUUGAGGGGCUGUUUGGAGUUUUGGAUAAGGAGUCUAUUCUCUUGCAGUAGUAGUAGUCUAGUAGUCCUCGGUGGUGUGCGUAGGGGUGUGGAUGUUGUUUGUUCAUGGGCAUGGCAUGGCAUAGCAAUGGAUGGCAUGGCGUAGCGCGUUUGUUGCUGCUCUUGCUUUCUUUGU